AUUAAAGAUUGUAGAGGAAUCCUCGCAUAUGGGAGGUGAGGUGGGGUGUCAGGAAGCAGGGAAUACCGAGAAUUGUGUUGAGAAAUUCAAAUUUGAACAAGCAAUGAAAAAUAUUCGAACGGUAAUACAGGCAGUAUAAUGUAGGACUUCUUUAUUAAUACGAUUAGCAAGAAUCGUGGUUAGGUUACAGCAGAGAAAUAACACACGAAAAAUAAAGUGACAAACACUUGACAAAUCGACUAUAAGAUAAAUGCAUACUAAACGAUGUUUUUUUUCAUUCCGUUACUUGUUCCGUGCUAUUGUUUGCUUUACUUAAGUCAGAUACAAACAUAGCAGAGCAUAAACACCAAGACUCGUACAAGUAUAAAAGCAACUUCAUGUUGGCUAUCGUCAGCUUCACUGGAAACAUCCAACGAGUAGUACCUAUACGAUACCAACAUGUCUCGCCGUCUUCUUAUUUUGUUCGCCAUCUUGGUAAUUUUUUCUGCCGCAGCUAUAAGCGGAAGACACGGUUGUCCGAAGAAUCAAGUUUGGGAUUUCUGUAGUACUGCCUGCCCGCCAACUUGCAAAAAACCUAAACCUGACAUAUGUACCCUGCAAUGCGUAAUCGGCUGUCGGUGUAUAAAAGGCUUGUUGAGAAAUGAAAAGGGAGAAUGUAUUCCACCGAGCGAAUGUCCUUAACUUUUCACAAGGAUCAUAUUCAUCCGAAGCGAGAUAAACCAAUAACGAUGACUAUUUUUUCACGUAUACUCUAUCGCUUAACGAUUCAGGAAAAACAAUUACCUAUAUUGUAUUCAUUUGUAUGUUUUAUGUUUUAUGUUUCCGGAGAACAAAUAAAUCUUAUAGUUGGCAUGUACUACAUGUAUAUGUAUCUGUGUUACUUAUAUCUCUACGGUCUAACUAUAUAUCUAAGUGUCUACGGAUAAUGUAUUUUGGACGAAAUUUAAUGAUACAUAAUAUCUACUACGACGAAUACGACGCUCAAGUUGCUAGACAAACAGUUUGUGUUUUGGAAGACGUAUGAUAGUCCGGGUACGUUUACCAAGUUUCAAAAUCAUUAAUUAACGGGAUACUUUAGGAUCUUGACGACACGUUACGGCGACUGUCGUGUUCAAGAAGAGCAUCCAGAACAAUUACAUAUUGGGUCGUACCACGACAAGCUCGCAGAUGCAGGUGACUAUGUAGCUACUGGCAUUCUUAAUCAUUGUACGCUCCAAGUUCCUACAUGGUCCUUGCAAAUUGAAAAUGUGACGGAUCACGCGGAAUUCUAACAAGUAAGUUUCAAGGAUGUUACGAUCAUUUUUCAAUCGAUAAAUUGUCAAGAUUCUUGAUUUCCUACAACGUAACAGUGGCAGUAAUUCUUUGCUGUUCUUUCAUUUUUCAAUUUACACGGCAAAUAAAAAUUUCAUGCAAUCGGAUCCGAGCAACGAGUUAGACCCUUUCCCUGUCGUUCGUAGUCAAUGUAAUUCGUUACAUUGCCUCCAUACUAAAGCAAAGCCACGUUCAUCCUUUAAUAUUCACUGAUAGGCACACGGCAUAGUUUUAUUCGAAAUAUAUUUGCUGAAUGAGAAAACUGUCCUCUCGAGACAAACAUUUUCUUUAGAUUACACUCGUUUACGUACAAUAUAGACGACAAUUUAACUUGAUCGUAAUCGACUAUUUAGAGAAAUGGUAUUCACGCGAGCAAAAGUUUUUUCUAGCAAAAUGGAUAGUCGCAAUUUACUUCCACAGUGGAGUUUUACAAAGUAAACAAUCGGAUUUUCGAUGACGACGCGGAUAAAGAGAGACUGUGUACACCUGAAAGUACCGGAGAGAGAGAGAAAGAGAGAGAGAGAGAGAGAGAGAGAGAGAGAGAGAGAGAGAGAGAGAGA